AAAAUGGUCCCUUAUCUUGAAAUGGUUAAAAAACAUAAUAGUUAAUAGUCAUACAUUAGUUACUAAGCUAUAACAUAAUACUAUGAAUUCACUACAUUUAGAUGCAAUCUAUGAAGCUAAACGUUUAUUGAAUGAUAAUAUCUCAUUUAUAUAUUAUGUUAAUAAUUAUUCUGAUAUUAAAUUAAAUGAAUUAUUAAAUAGAAAUUUAACAUUAUUUUGGAAAACGAUGCAUCAAUGUUUAAAUUUAAAUGAUUUAAUACAACAACAUCAACAUCAGCAACAACAACAACAACAACAAUUCAUCUUAUACAAUCAUACAGUUGUCAUAGCAACUAGAAAUCAAACAAAUCCGCUAUAUUCUUCAACACAAUUACAAUCUUUAUUUACUUGGUGUCAUUUAAGUAGAACUACAUGGUUUACUAAUGUAUUUACAUUAAUGUAUCAUUAUUCAUGGCAAGAGAAACUAUCUAUUGAAUUACAAAAAUAUUUAUUACCUAUAUUAUUAUUAAUAAAUUGUUUAAGUCUACUCAUAUCUAUUACAGGUAUUUAUCAAUUAUGUAAAUUAUCUAAUAAAUGUAAUCAAAAAAUAAUGAUUUUUAUGAGAUGUCAAUCAAUAAUACAACAUUAUUUACCAGCAACAUGGCCAUUAUUAUUAUGGUAUUGUAUUAUUGGGUUACUAUGGUUACUAUUAAUAUUUGGUUUAAAUAUGAUAACAUCACAAUAUUUUAAUAUUUAUAUUACUAUACAUCAUUAUGAUAUUUAUUGUCGUUUAUUAACAUAUUUGAAAAAUAUAUUAAGAUAUAUACCAUUAUGGUUAAUUAGUUUAAUGUUAUGUGAUCGAGCAAUUGGUGAAUAUCGUAAUCGUAAUCAUAUUUAUACAAUCAAUAUGUUAUGUAAUCAUCUUGAUCAUGAUUGUGAAUUAGAAAUUAAUAAAAAUCAAUUAAAUCAAUUAUCUAAUCAAUAUAAUCAAUCUAUGACAAAUUAUCAAUCCAUUAAAAAUCAAUUAAUAAUCCCUAAAAUAAUCUAUAAUCAUAAUGAUAAUAAUGAUAAUAAUCAUGAUAAUGAUGAUGAUGAUGAUAAUAAUGAUGAUGAUGAUAUAAUAUCAUAUGAUAUCAAUUCUAUUGAUCAAUAUAAUCAAUCAAUAAAAAGAUCCUAUUUCAAAUCAUGUUUAUUAUAUUUUAAAAAGAGAUCUUAUUUUUAUUGUAUUUUAUAUGGAUUAAAACAAACAUCUAAAAAACAAUGUAAACAAUUAAAUAGAAAUAAGAAUUACAUAAUGUCAUUAAAAAAAUGUAAUAAGGAUCAAGAUCAAGAUCAAGAUCAAGAUCAAGAUCAGAAUCAGGAUAAAAAUAAGAAUAAAGAUCACAAUCAAAAUCAUUAUUAUCAUUAUCAAUUAUUAUUAAAUGAUUUAUAUUAUUGGAAUGAAUGUGGUUUAAAUCGAAUUGGUGGUUUAGUAUUAUUUACUAUGAUUACAUCAUUAAUUUGUUUAAUUAAUACACAUUUAAUAUGGUUAUAUAAAAUUGGAAAAAUAACAAAACGUUGUAUAUUGUCUGCUGGUGAUGCUAUCAUUUUAUCUGUUUUUUAUCCAUAUUUAUUAAAGGUUUGUCAUUCUAUAUUACCUUAUAUAUUAAUAAUCAGUUCAAUUAUAUUACUUAGUUUUAUAGCUAUACAUAAAUCACGUAUAGUUCAUGUAAAUCCUUGUUCGAAUCCUGACAACAUUCAUAAUAAUCAAAAAAUAGAACAAACAAUCAUCCAAUCAAAAUCAUCUAUUCAUCAUCAUCACCAUCACCAUCAGCAUCAGCAUUACCCGAAUACUCAACACAGUCUAUUUACUGAACCAACACAAUUGACAAUAUGUUUAAGUCUUAUCAAUAUUCUAUUUGAUUUAGCUGAUAUUAUUGAAUGGUUCUAUGGUAAUUUGAUUAUACCUAAUUAUAUUGAAUCAUUUAAACAAAAUUUCAAUGGAAAUAUUAUCAAUAUUAAUCAUAAUAAUCAUAAUGAUUCAAAUCAAUUAACACUACUUACAAAUACAUUAAAUAGUAGUAUGUUAUUAACAACAUCUAUGAAUCAAUUAUGUUCUAUUCAAUUUAUAUCAGGUUUAUUAAGAAUAUGGUCUAGUCAAAGAUUUUUAUUUAUAUUACCAAUCUUAUUAUAUCAAUCAUUAAAAUUUCGACAUUUAAUUAUAUACUACUUAAAUUAUUAUUUUCAUACAUUGAAAAUAUUACAUUGGUGUAAAUUUACAUUGAAUUCAUCUAUCUAUAUAAAAGAAACAUGGAAUAAAUCAAUCCAUGAUAAUCUUAUUCAAAUGGAAUUAUAUAAUAUUAAAACUACUACUAAUAAAGAUAUCAGUAGUCAACAUGAACAUCAAGAACAACAACAACAACAACAACAACAACAACGACAACGACGACAACAACAACAACAGCAGACUAUUAUAAAAGUUGAAGAUGAAAAUGAUUAUCAAAGAAUUCCUAGUUUUUAUUGUUGUUCAUGUAUUAAUCAAACAAUUUUAUCAAUGGACAAAUGAUAAAUGUGAUAUUGACAAUUUAGAUCAAUUCUCAAAAGUUCAUUUCUCAUAUGAUUAUCAAGUUUACAUUUAAUUCUUAAUCAAUUCCUUUUCAAUUAGAUGUUGAAAAUUGAAUAGAGAUAUCUGAUAUAUAUACUACAUCAUCAUGCAUUAUGUUGUGUACUACUGAUGUUGAUCAAUAUAAGUAGUAUGUAUGAGUAAUUAAAAAUUGGUUGAUCUUUUGCAAUAUGAAGUAUUUAUGAUAUGAUUAUUAGAUUCUGCAAUUCUAUGUUUCAAUACAUUUGCUUGUACCAA